ACAUUUUCUAGUUUUCAUUCAUCUUCUUUUUUUUCUCAUUUUUAUUCAUCUCUAAUACAUGAAAAUUUCCAAGUUGUAUAAUACUAACGUAUAGUUGAAGGCAUGUUCAAAAAACCGCGUUAUCAUAACAGGAUUAACGUGUCAUCACAUAGUAUUAUACACUGCCAAAAUACCUGUAUGGUUGACAUGUUUUCAUAGUUGACUUCAAUAAGAGACAAAAAAAAAUGCCAAAGUUGUGAUAAGAGUGUGUGUUUGUGGUACAUAAUAAGGCAUUCAUUUUUUUGUUUUGUUUCUUAGAACUCCACAAUUUUUUUUUACAAGUUUACAUGUAUAUGCUUCCUUAAUUCAUAUCAUUAAUUAAAAUUCGAGUUAAGGGUUUUGUUGAUUAGAAAUCUAUGUGGAAUUUCAUGGCACUCUCUUCUGUAUUUCCUCUGCUUUUUCUUCAUUGCUCAUUGUUUGUAGCAUUGGUAUCUGGGUGUAAAACUUUGCAAGGGUCACCACCAGUGGUAAUAGCACGAGGCGGAUUUUCGGGGAUAUUUCCAGAUUCAAGUUUACCUUCCUAUAACUUGGCACUAAAAGCUACUUUCCCAAAUAUCACUCUAUGGUGUGACGUGCAACUGACAAAGGAUGGAGUUGGGAUUUGUUUUCCAGACAUCAAGUUGGACAAUGCAACCGACAUUUCCAUUGUUUAUCCUGGCAAAGCUAAGGAUUACUCAGUUAAUAAGGUUCCAACUCGCGGAUGGUUUUCCCUCGAUUUCAACUUCAAUGAACUAGCAAAUGUGUCGCUUGUUCAGGGAGUGUAUUCUCGAACGAAUAAGUUUGAUGGAAGCAACUAUCAUAUUUCCACGGUUGAAAACGUAGCUAAAUUAGUAAAAUCGCCAUCAACCGGCCUAUGGUUAAAUGUUCAGCAUGAUACAUUCUACAAACAUCACAAUUUGAGUGUAGAGAAAUUUCUAUUGUCUCUUUCGAAUAAAGGAGUAUCAAUCAAUUACAUCUCAUCGCCUAACGUGGAUUUCUUAAGACGAGUAAGAUCAAAGUCCGUUUUUAAAAAAACCGUCACGAUCUUCAGGUUUCUAGAGCAAUAUAAGAUUGAACCUACAACCAACAAGACUUAUGGAGCACUUUUGAAAAACCUCAAAUUUAUCAGAACAUUUGCUUCUGGAAUUCUUGUUCCAAAAGGCUAUAUAUGGCCUGUAGACUCGCAACUUUAUCUGCAGCAACAUACCUCUCUUGUCUCAGAUGCUCAUAAACAAGGGCUUAAAGUUUUUGUUUCAGAUAUUGUUAAUGAUGUUUCCUUCAGCUACAAUUUCAGUUAUGAUCCUAUGGCUGAAUGUUUGUCUUUCAUCGACAAUGGUAACUUCUCUGUUGAUGGUAUUCUGUCUGAUUUUCCGGUAACUCCAUCUGCAGCCAUAAAUUGCUUUUCUGGUCUAGGAAGAAAUGCCAAAAAACAAGUGGAGACAUUGAUAAUUUCAAAAUAUGGAGCAAGCGGAGACUAUCCAGCUUGUACAGAUCUUGCAUAUAAGAAAGCAAAGUCAGAUGGAGCAGAUGUAAUUGAUUGUCCUGUUCAAAUCUCCAAGGAUGGAGUACCAUUUUGCUUAAGUUCUAUAGAUCUUUCGAAGAGUACAACAGUUUCUAAUACGAAAUUCAGAAACCGUGCGGCUAUUAUUCCGGAGAUUCAAAAUGGCAGUGGCAUAUAUACAUUUAGUUUGACAUGGAAUGAAAUCAAAACAUUGACGCCGUCAAUAUUGAAACCUUUUGAGAAAUAUCUAUUGUUCCGGAAUCCGAAAUUCAAAAAUCAAGGGAAAUUUGUUACCUUGUCUGAUUUUUUAUCCUUGGCUAAAGGCUCUGGCAUCUUGAUCAACAUAGAAGUGAGUUCUUACAUGAUCUUGAUAAUUGCUUCAUUUUUCAACUCGAUUAGUUCCCUUUACGCUUUGUUAAUGACAUUUUUCUUUCAUUAUCAGAAUGCUGCCUACCUUGCAGAGAAGCGGGGACUAAGCGUAACCAAAGCAGUCCUUAAUACUCUAAAAAAAUCUGGUUAUGAUGAACAAAGAUCUCCUAAAGUUAUGAUUCAAUCAACACACAAAUCAGUACUAAAGAUAUUCAAGGAUAAAUCCAAAUAUGAAAGGGUUUACAAAGUUGGUGAGAAUAUUCGUGAUGCUGACAACAAAGCUAUCGAAGACAUAAAAACAUUCGCUGAUUCUGUUGUGGUACAAAAGGCUUCUGUUUUUACUCAAAGUGAAGCUUUUCUAGUAAACUCUACAAAUCUUGUAGCAAGGUUGCAAUCAUUUAAGCUACCAGUUUAUGUAGAAACUUUCAGCAACGAAUUUGUAUCUCAAGCAUGGGAUUACUACUCAGAUGCAUUUGUUGAGAUAAAUUCAUAUGUGGUUGGAGCUAAGGUUAAUGGCAUUAUUACCGACUUCCCUAAGACUGCUGUGAGAUACACGAAGAACAAGUGCUUAAAGCAUGGAAACAAAGCACCUUAUAUAAGCCCUAUUCAACCUGGAAAACUUUUAAAACAAGUUACUGAUUUUUAUCUUCCACCACCUUCCCCUCCACUCCCAGUUUUACAUGACAGUAAUGUUACUGAGCCACCUUUGCCAAGUGUUUCUAAAAAACUUCCAAUUUUCAGCGGUGCUCGUUGAAUAGUAGCAGCUGCAGCCACCAUCACAGUAUAAAGAAAGCAAACAGGAAACAAAGUUUAGCAUCCAUACAUGCCAUUUAACUUGAGAGCUCCAUUCUUUGAACUGGGGAAUUCAAGGAUUUCUUUCAUUGAGAAGUAUUUUACCUUAUUUUGAUUGUUCUAUUCUAUGAUGUGAUUAUCUAAAUAGCAUUAUUUCAUUGUCAAUAAAAUUCUUUUGGACUGUGGAGAUAAAAUUUUCCUUGCUUCUAUCAA